AUGGAGAGUGAAUCAGGCCUGACAUGGGAGGUGAAAGCCAACUGUCGCAGCUUCCACAGAGCGAAGCAGAAGAAGUCUUUCCUGUGUUUUCAAUGGGGGCGGUACGCGGUGAGUCUGACCCAUUCUCAUUCACAGCUGAAACUCAACACCUGCGGCCAUGUCCCAGGUGAGGACAACGUGGUGCGCAGCUACAAGUACACGGCCCUGACUUUCCUGCCUUUGACUCUGUUCGAGCAGUUCCAGCGAGUGGCCAACGUCUACUUCCUACUCAUGGUGGUCCUACAGUGUGUUCCUGCCAUCUCCUCGGUGCCCUGGUACAUCAGCUUCAUCCCUCUGGUGUCGGUGCUGACUGUGAGAGGCCUCAAAGAACUGGCCAACGACAUGACGAGGAGAAGGAGCGACUCUGCCAUCAACUCUCAACCCUGUGACAUCCUCAUCUCUCAAAGGUUUGAAAAGCUGCAGUGGCGGGACAUCUGUGUGGGAGAUGUUCUCUGCAUCUAUAAGGACCAAGUUAUUCCUGCAGACCUUCUUUUAUUGUCCAGCUCAGAGGCUCACAGUCUCAGUUAUGUAGAGACAGCAGAUAUAGAUGGUGAGACCAACCUUAAAUUCAAGCAGGCUCCAGGGGCCACACACGUUGAGCUGAACAAUAAACCCUCAGAGGAAAGCCUUUCAGCUUUUGAUGGCUCCGUGCUCUGUGAAGAGCCCAACAACAGCCUGUACACGUUCAGAGGGCAGCUGCACUGGAGAGGACAGAGGAUUCUCCUGGAGAGCGACCACAUCCUCCUCAGAGGCACUGUUCUACGCAACACACAGUACGCCUACGGCCUCGCCAUAUACACUGGCGCUGACAGUAAGAUCUUGAGAAACUGUGGAAAACUACGGGUGAAGAAGACACGGACUGAGAAAGUUUUAAACCACGCUGUCAUUGGGAUUGUCCUGGCUGUGCUUGCGUCCGCGCUGCUGCUGUCCAUAGGCAGUGGUGUGUUUGCGAGUCGCGUCAUGCAGAGGACGGAGGCGCUCGCAGCCCUGAUGGUUGGCGAGAACGCUGCGUACACGGGCUUCCUGGUGUACUGGAGCUACAUCAUCCUGCUUAGCCCGGCCAUGCCCAUCGCUCUCUACAUCACGUUUGAGAUCAUUCACACAAUCCACAGUUUGUUCAUUGGAUGGGACCUCCACAUGUAUUGGGAAAAGUCUGACAAAUGUGCAGAGGCGAGGAACACGUCUCUGAAUGAGGAGCUGGGACAAGUGGAGUACCUCCUGAGUGACAAGACCGGGACCCUGACCCAGAACCACCUGGUCUUCAGACAGUGCUGCAUUGCUGGAGAGCUCAUGGACUUGGGCUGGAACCCGUACUCGUGUGGAGGGCUGUUCAUGUCCGCCCCCGCCCUGGUGCAGAGGCUCCGAGGGCAGCAGUGUGAAGUCAGCACCGACUUCCUCCGAGCUCUGUCUCUAUGCCACACGGUCAUGGCUGAAUACAAGAACGGAACCCCAGUGUACCAAUCUGCUUCCCCGGAUGAAGAAGCUCUUGUGGGGGCGGCCCGGGAGUUGGGAUUUGCCUUUCUCUCCAGGACAAGAGAUUUCCUCGUGGUCUCGGAGCUGGGUGUGGAGCGGCAGUACAAGCUGCUGGCACUGCUGGACUUCACCAGCAAGAGGAGGCGCAUGUCCGUGCUGGUGCGGGAGCCAGAGGGUGGGUUAAAGCUUUACAGCAAGGGAGCAGACAUAGUGAUCCUGGAGAGAUUGCAGAAGAACUGUCCACACCAGGAACGGACUGAAAUAGCCCUGGAGAUGUUUGCAAAGUCUUGCUUAAGGACAUUAUGCAUAGCCUUUCGGUCGGUCUCUGAAGAGUUGUGGGGAACGUGGAGCAAACGUCUGGCCCAGGCGUCAGAAAUGAUCCUCUCUGAGCGUGAGGUCUUUCUGGAGAAACUUCACGAUGAGAUGGAAAGAGAUUUACUGCUACUGGGGUUGACCGCCAUAGAAGACAAACUCCAAGAGGGCGUUCCAGAGACUAUUGCUUUGCUUCAACAGGCUGGGCUUAAAGUGUGGGUCCUGACAGGCGAUAAAAAAGAAACGGCGGUAAAUAUUGGAUAUGCGUGCAAGUUGCUGGAUUCAGACACCAGAUUGCUGGAAUGGCAUGAGCUGAGACAGAUUCUCCAGUCCCCAGACCCACUGGUUACUUUCAGCAAGGCCAGACAGACAGAGCUGUGGGCUGUAGACAAACACACAAGUGCAACAAAAACGGCGAUGGUGCUCAAUGGACCCGAGCUGGCUGAGUUUAUGCAGGAGCCUGCAUGGGGGGCCUCCAUGAUGAAGCUGGCGUCUCAGUGUCAGUCUCUCCUGUGCUGCCGCGUGACACCGGGACAGAAGGCAGACAUCGUCAAACUAGUGCGAAAACACACAAACUCCAUCACCAUGUCCAUCGGGGACGGGGCCAACGAUGUCAACAUGAUUAAAACGGCCCAUGUUGGCGUGGGGCUGGCUGGCGUGGAGGGAGGCCAGGCGGUCCAGAAUGCAGACUUCUCCAUGUGUCAGUUCAGGUUUCUCCAGAGGCUGCUGUUGGUUCACGGACAUUGGUCGUACGUGCGGAUCUCGGUCUUCCUGCGGUACUUCCUCUACAAGACCUGCAGCUUUGCCCUGGUUCACAUCUGGUUUGGCCUGUUUAAUGGCUUCAGUGCUCAGUCCUUGUACGAGCCAUGGUUUAUUGCCUUCUACACAAUUUUCUACACAUCUAAUCCAAUUCUGUGCGUGGCAUUUUUUGAAAAGGACACCAGCGCAGAGGGCAUUUUGCGGUUCCCAGAGCUGUACAUGUCAGGGCAGAAGAAUGAGAUGUCCAGUCCGCUCAUGAUGCUGGUCAGUCUGCUGUACGCCGUCUACUCCUCCCUCGUUCUCUUCUUCUUCCCGUGUGGCGUCUUCUUCGACACGCCGUACGACUUCCAGACCAUGUCAGUCACCGUUGCUAUGGCAGCCACAUUUGCCGCCACCAUAGAGAUCUCGCUGCAGACUAAAUACUGGACCAAGUUCAACAUUGCCGCUGUGUGUGUGUCUGUGGGGCUCUACUUCAUCUGCUCCAAAAUCACCCACAGUGAGCGGCUGUUUAACUCCGCGCCCGCUGACUAUUUCUUCUUUGGAGCAGCUGAUAAGGCCUUCAUUGAUCCAGUGGUGUGGCUCACAGCGCUGCUUACUGCCUGGACAGCUGUUUUGCCCUCGGUCACGAUCCAUGCUUUCAAUGUCAUUCGCAAAGGCGGCCACAAGCACAAGGUCCACGAUGCGUCUUCAAAGGGCCUCGAGCUCCGGCCUCAGAGGAAGUCUUCUCUUCAGCGUUACUCCAUGUUUCCACAUAAAACCUCAAACGGACACACGGUCAGCCCCAGACUCAGCAGCACAGAGCCGACAGUGGACUAG